AUGGCGCAAAAUAUCAUCGCUAGACGCGUCUCGAGCGGCUUCGCUUGCACGUCUUAUUCGUCGCGUGGAUGUAAUAAUAAUAAUAAUAAUAAUAAUAAAUGUUUAUUAUUGGCGAGAUUCACGACCACCUUUUUUCCAUCUAAUUCUUCUUCUUUUUCUUCUUCUUUUGAGAGAAGAAGACAUGGGCGGCAACAACAGAACCAAUUCGUGGUGGCGGCGAGGAGGGGAUUCUUUGACGAUGGUAAAAAGACUUCUUCCUCUUCUUCGUCGUCUUCGUCGUCGGUGGACGAGGAGGAAAGAGAAGCUCGGACAGGUGAAAAUUUCAAAAGCAGCGCUCAUUUCUUCGAGAACGGCGACGGCGCGGAGAGGAGUGCUGGUGCUGGCGAGAAAGGCGGCGAAGAAGGAGAAAAAGAAGGAGAAGGCGAAGGGGAUGAGUAUUCCGGAGUUCCGUUGCGAAGCACGAUAUCGCAAAUAGACUUACAAAAAAUGGAACGAUUAAUCGAUGAAAUCGUGGAUAAUAAAGACAAUCGGAUGAGCAACAGAGGGAAAUUUAGAGCGUUACCGGUGACGAAUAAACAUCGGAAACAGAUCGAAGAGUUGGAGGCGUGCGUGUCGUUAUCGGAGGCGGGGAAGAGGGCGAGAAUAUUGAGAAAUCGGGCGAGUAAAGCGGCUUCGGAAGGUGGCCAGGCAGAAGCGGCCGCAGAAUUGAACGUGAAUCCGACGUUAAGGAAAUACGUGUUGUAUGGCGUCGUCCCAGAGGCGCAUAAAGAUUUACUCGGGAGGACGAAGAAGAGGAAUACGAAAUUCAUCGCCGCCGCUUCGAAGAGGAUCGAGGAAAUGCCGAGCACGGAAGUGAGAAGAAAAGACGAAAACGGGAUGGACGUGACCGUGGAAGUACCCGAAGUAGCUUUUUGUGGGCGCUCAAAUGUCGGUAAAUCGAGUUUGAUUAACGCUAUUACUUUAUCGGCGGCGGCGAGGUCGAGCGAUACGCCAGGGAAGACGAAAAGUUUAAACUUUUACGACAUCGAUUCGCGUUUACGGGUGGUCGAUUUACCUGGAUACGGCUUUGCUUUUGCCGAUGAGAGCAUGGUAGAAACCUGGAAUCGCUUAAUGGACGAGUACUUAACCACGAGACCGAAUCUGAAAUGCAUAUUCGUCGUCAUCGAUUCUCGACACGGACCGAAAAAAUCCGAUCGCGAGAUGCUCUCCUACCUCUCCAAAUACGGUAAAGUUCCAGUUCACGUCGUUUUAAACAAAACCGAUAUGGUUCGAACCGAAGAACUUUGCAAAAGAAUGUUCCUGCUCGAACGAGAGUUGAAAUUCAUCAAACGCUCGAGUAACGUUUUGAAGUUGGCCAGCGCGAGCACAGGGGCUGGGUGCACCGCGCUCUUCUCCGAAGCUUUCCAAUACGCGUUGCCCGACGCCGACAUCUCUCGACGAAAUAAAAGAGAAAAAGCGAGAGACCUUUUAGAAGUGGAGGAAGGAUCAGAAGAAGAUGAAGGAAAUACUACGACGAAUAAUAAAAGCGGCGGUGGUGGUGGUGGUAAAAAGUUUAUGAAACAAGAACGAAGGGAAUUCGUUAUGGGCGGCGAAUGGAUUCCCGGAGAAGGUCCCGCGGCGGUCCCUACUUUUACCAAAGAUAAGAAGAAGAAAGGAGGCGGUAAAAAAGGAAGUGGAGGUCCAAAAGGUCCUAAAAUUCGCUUAUAA